AUGUCCAAGGACAUGGACAAGGAUUCUUAUCCGGGUUUCUAUACGACGACAUCUAUGCUACAGUUGGGUCACGGCAUCUGGGCAAAUUUAUCCACUAUUGCCAUUGGUCUAGCUUUUGGUUUCCCGUCCAUUCAGACGCCUCAACUCAGUAGUGAUAGUUCAGAUAUUAAGGUGACCACGGAAGAAGUUUCUUGGCUCGCCAGCAUACUGACAUUGUUUUCUCCUUUAGGAUGUAUACUAACUGGUAUUUUAAUGGAUAGAUAUGGCCGAAGUGUUAUGCUACAGUGUUGUACUUUGCCAAUGUUUGUAGGAUGGAUUUAUACAGUUUCAUCAGAGACUGCUUUACAUAUGAUUAUAGCUCGAGCAGUAUUGGGUUUCGGCUGUGGCAUGGCUAUGGGUCCUUCAAGAAUAUUCACAUCUGAAAUUAGCCUUCCUAAUAUGAGGGGUUUACUUGGAGCACUGCCGAAUAUGUUCAUGUCGUUUGGAAUGACAGUACAGGCUGCGUUGAGCUUAUUUUAUUCAUGGCCUGAUUUGUGCUACAUCAGUGGUGUAUUCAAUAUGGCGCUCUUUGGCAGUUACAUUUUUCUGCCAGAAACACCUUAUUUCCUGCUAUUACAAGACAAUACAGGGAAAGCAAGAAAAGCACUUGCUAAAGUCCGUGACAAACAUUAUGACAUUGAUGCGGAGAUUAACGACCUCAUCGAAUUCAAACAGGAAAACAACAUUCCUUAA